AUGGUUAUAAAUACGCCAUUUGGUUUAUUCCAAUACCAAAGAAUGCCAUUUGAAAUUUCAAGCGCUCCAGGAAUUUUCCAAAGAUUUAUGGAAGAAGUUGUUUCCGGAAUACCUGGCUGUGCAGUGUACCUUGAUGAUAUUAUCGUUACUGGUCGUAAUAAUGAAGAACACAUUCAAAACUUAAAAGCCUUAUUUCAAAGGUUAGAGUACCAUGGUCUUAGAUGUAAACAAGAAAAAUGUACUUCUGCUCAGUCAAAAAUUGAAUAUGUCGGACAUGUUAUAGAUUCAAAUGGUAUCAUGCCAUCGGAAAAAAGAUUGGAUGCCAUUCGUCUCAUGCCUCAACCAAAGAACCUCAAAGAAGUCGAAGCUUUUAUUGCCACAAAUGCUUCCAAAAAUGGAAUAGGAGCUGUUUUAUCGCAUCGAUAUCCAGAUGAUACAGAAAAACCAAUCUCAUUUGCGUCAAAACUCUAA